AUGCCAGGGAAGCCUACAAAAGUUCCAAAUAGGUGACGAAUAACAUUUACUUUGUAAUUGUAAUAUUGAGUAAUAACCAAAUAUGUUUUAUCUUGCCAACUAGUUAUUAAUUAAAUCUAAUUUAGUGUUAAUAUUACUGUACAGUAGUAGUAGUUCUGUCACCGUAUUCAUUAUGAAAUAAGUUGAUUGAUUUUUGUAGUGAAGAAAAGUUAUUGAAGAAAUUACUUAACAUUCUAAAGCAUCCAGCCAAGAAACCACAGGUACUGUAUGGCAACUGCUUCCCUUCGCAUCAUACCAAAAAGGAUGAAACAAUGAGUGACUGGAUAGCAACGAGAACAGUGAGAUUUUCCAAACAAUGAAAAGACAAUGGAACAUUCUUAUCACUGCAUUGUGACUGGCUGAUGACACUGUCUAUUGUUAUGCUAUGAACCCUUUAUGGAGCCAUGUGUAAAGCCAGUUUUCCACUUCAAUCGUACCGAAACGUAGCGUAUUUCUUUGUUUCCUGACCACUAGAGUGGAACUAAUGACUUCGACACAAAAGAAAAUACUACGGUGCGUUACGAUACGGUUGAAGUGGAAAACUGGUUAAAGCCGGUUUUCCACUUCAACCGUAUCGUACCGAAACGUAGCGUAUUUCUUUGUUUCCUGACUACUAGAGUGGAACUAAUGACUUCGACACAAAAGAAAAUGCUACGAUACGUUACGAUUGAAGUGGAAAACUGGCUUAAGGCUAGUCCGGUUGGAACGGAGAUACGUUUUCUGCGUAAAUGAAAACUGUCCGCUAUGUUGGUAUAUUAUUUCAUGUUAGAAAGAAUGACAAAGAGACACAGUCCCUAUUUGGAACGAGUUUGUUGUUAUACUUACAUAGACCAGGCUUGCAUGUACAGGCCCAACAUGGAUGCCAUGUCAUUUAACAAGACACCAGUGAGACAAACACAGUGAACAAAAAGGAUAUUUAUUCUGCAUUACUGACCUAAUUGCUCAUAUUUAUUCUAGUGACCUGUCAUUACUUUGUUUUAGCUGCCUGUUUUGUCAGACACUAAAAAGAAAGAAUCAUCAAAUGUUGCCGCUGUUGUUAAGCAAUCUGCCGAAGGGAAGUGUUUGGAGCAGUUCAGGUAAUCACUAUAGGCUUGCAUGCAAACUGUAAUUUUGUGACACAUGUGUCACAAAAUUACACUUUGCACCUAUAUUUAAUAUUCAUUCUAUUCAUUGUUUCAUUAACUUGAUCUGAAAGUGAAUUGUCUUUAUUUUAGUAUUUUGUUUCAAAAUGUGAGGACAUUUUCAACACAUGUUUAUGGCGGUUACUUCAGCCAGGUAAUGUAAUUAUGUGAAGUGUAAUGACUAGAUUUCCGCAUUGAAGACUGCAUGCACAAUACAAGAUUGUAAAAUCAAUAUUGUCGCUCCUCGAUGAGUUUCAAUUUUCAAGUAGUUUCUUAGGGCUCAGUUACACGUUACCGGAUUCGCUUGUUACAACAUCGAAUUUAACCGUUUCAGGAACCACUUAACACUUGGAAUUGCGAUUAUAUGUAAUAAUGUUAUUUAACGAGGCUUACAAAUAACCGCUGAAAGCUGAAUGACUAUAGCUAUAGUGGGCAUAUGACAAAAUUCUUCCUAAACGGCAUAUAUGUUCAUGUCGUACCAAGUGAAUCCAGUAUCGUGUAACUGGGGCCUUAAUUCAGUUCCGUGUUUGAAUUCGCUAUACCUGAAAAAGGUAAUUCUGUACUAAUCAUACAGUGCUGUUACUAUAAUCAUAUACUAACACUGAUUUACUGUACCUUUCGUACAGAUCUUUGAAGCACUACUGAAACAACGUCUCGUUUGCACGUAAGUUCAGUUUUGUAAAAAAUAUGCACGUUUUAACAAGCUACAGUAGCUUAUAGUUGAUUGUUUGUUGUGAUUAAUUUCGUACUAGGGAAUGGAUGACCCUAGCACCAAGAGAAGAUGUGUUGAGAGUGUUCACAUGUCUUCGUAUGUUGAUGAGAGAUUCAAGUUACCAAGUAAGGACAUGGCGAUAGUUUUAUACAAUUUUUGCUGAUAUAAUAUCAGAAACUCAUACAUCUACAGCUAUAUGGCGAGUCUCAAUGUAACCGCUUUGGUCAAAAACUAACAUUGCAGUCAUGAUCAAAUCAAAUCAAAAAUUUUUCCGUAAGGUACUGUACUGUACGUGCUUCCAAAAAGUGAAAUUUUUACAACCUGUUUACUUUUUGCAGCAACUAUUCUUCAAACUUGGUGGUGUAAAGACACUAGUGCAGGUAUUACGUUUUAGCAACUAUAUAUAUCGUUUCUCAUUUAAACCCCAUAAAGAAAACAACUGCCGCGUAAAGUUAAGAGAGCAUACUAAUUGAUGUGUAACAAUCCGCGUAUUAUCUUUGAUUUGAUAAUCUGUAUUAUUAUAUGGCAAGUAUCACUUUUUAUUAUAUGGCAAGUAUCACUUCCGGUGAGAUGGUGGACUGUGAUUGGCUGAGAAGCACUUUCAGCGGUCCAUUACUUUCUCGUGUAAAAACAAACGCAUGCAAUUUAAAACAAAACAGCAAAACUGAUUGAAAAUUUGAAAAUUAUAAUUUAAUUUGUUAUUAAUAAGAUAUCUGCUAAUGGUUUUUAGUGGAAAAGAAGGAAUACAUUGCUAUUUUUUGUUUUCUUCGACCAAAUGUGUACCACGCUACUUUUGUUUCCUUCGACCAAAUGUGUACCAUGCAUCUCAAAUCGUGUAUUUCUUGUUUGUUUCAAUAUAACUGCCUAUGUAUAAAUGCCAUAUAUUAAUAAACUUUUUAUUAACCUCGCUUGCUCGGUAUGUACAGAGAAAUAUCGGACCUCGGUCUUUUUGUACACAAAAAAUACCUCGCUCCGAUAUUUCUCUGCACAGACCUCGCGUUCGGUUAACAAGUACGAUCGUACUAUAGUGGACCAGGAACUGCGUGACCCAGUUUCGAUCUUGUGCAAAUCGUUAAACGUUCAAAACCUUCGAGAUUUUGACUUGAUAAACAAAUAACUAGACACUUGUGAAACUAAUGUUCUCGAAGUUUGCAACGUAGACUGAGUUCGCUAAAUGUUUUGCUUUAAUUUGGUCAUGCAAGAUACACUUUAUCCGGGCAAAAUGUGUCUAGUGCCGUGUAAAGCCUAAAUGAGGUGUAAAUCUGGACAAAGCAUAGAUAACUAAAUGCGCAGUUUUCAAAAGUAUUUCCUCGCAUUUGAAUUCGAUAGAUAAGUUAAAUGUCCCACAAUAUUUAGAAUAAACAUGCCGUGCCUAAGUCAGCUAACUUUUGCCGUUGUGCUAAAAACAAAUUUUCAUGUCUUUGUUUUUACGGUUCACGAUUUUCUAUCAGACUAUGAAUAUUAUAUGACAGCCAGAUAGCAAUAUUACUCCACUACGCUUUGAGAAACUAAGGCCCGUUUCAUACGUCGAAUUUUGGUCGCGUCGAAUGCAAUUAAGACAAUAGAUAAUGAGAUGAUAAACCUCAUUAAGCUUCAUUAUCUAUUGUUUGAAUUGCAUUCGACGCGACCGAAAUUCGACGUAUAAAACAGGCCUAAGCCAGCGUGUUAAAUUUAGUCAACUUAACGCUUAUAAUUAAUUGUUAUAAUUAGUCGUUCACAUUCUUGAGAAGCUUUAGACUAUUGUGAUUGUGUUCACAACAAUAGACAAGACAAUGUCUUUCUUAUCGUUUGCGUUUGCUGAUAUAUUUGCUGAAUAUUAAUGAUAUGUAUAUAUUAUUUGCUACGAAUACAGUCAAAAAUUGCUUGUAUCUUGCUUCUAAAGUCAAAAAUGAAAAAUCGAACACCGUCAAUCGAUGCGGAAUAUUGCUUAGAAUAAUUGUGUCAAAUUUCAUUCCGAUCAGACAAGUAAUGACGGAGCCUUAGGGUUUUUUCAAAGAGCGUCGCCCCCUAACAACAACAGCAACAACAACAACAACAACAACAACAACAACAACAACAACAACAACAACAACAAGAUUAGCAGCGAUUGGGGACCAGUUCCUGGUCCAAUAAGAAGUUAGUAAUCAACCCGUGCUUUUAAAAGGGGAAAUUUUACUGGCAUGGCAUAUAUUGGUUACAUGCGUUAACGGCAGCAGAUGGUGGUCAACUUAAAUAAUGUUGACACUGAUAUGAGCAGAUAAAUUAAACUAGGCCUAUUGCCCUAUACAUUCUUUCAAUUCUAUUUAUUUGCUACAGACUACUGAAUGUUUACUGUGAUGAAAAUAAUUAAUAUUAGUUUUUCACUAUAAUUGAUUGUUGACCAUCAUCAUGAGCUGCAUGUAACCCACCUUUUAAUUCAAAUAAUAUAUAAAAUAAAAGAAACUGAAAGUAUUUUACAAAAGUGAUUGGUCGAAUAUUUCAUCAAUGUAUCCUAUUUAUUUUAAAGCGGUUGCAUGUUUUAACUGAAGAGUAUUUGGACGAUCCUGAAGGACAGUUUACUGUGGAUAUCUUGAAGGAGAUGACGAGUAAGUAAUGCCGGACGGCGAAAAUAUUGUUCAGCAAAACUGAGCAAAAGCAACAGUCUAAGGAUUUGAAAUUGGUCACAAAAAUGACUUCACCACUGUUGCUACGGUAACAAUAACGAUUGAUCAUGACCGAUACCGGCUUUUAAUGCACUUUAAUUGAAAAAAAUGAACAUUUUUACCCCCAUUUUUUAUUUCAGGAAACUUUUCUUGCAGUGCAAUAGACUACUGAGUAAAAAUUUUGUUGAGUCAAGAAAUAUUUCGAAAUACCAUGUUUAUAAUUUUUUUUAAAUUUGGCUUUGAUUUUUAGCAGGCAACAUCUCUUCGAAGAGUUCAUCUAAUUUAUGCAUGAAAACUGUAAGGAGCCACCUUAAAUUAUAUUCUAGUUGUACUACAUUUUGAUAUAGAUAUUUGCCAAAAACUACCGACGACUGAUGAGAAACGUGAAUGGCUUAUUGCAUGUGGCGUUCACAAGGUUGGUCAGUUUGUUUAUAGACUGUGUAAUGUAACAUAUAUAUCUCAUAUAAUCUCGUAUCCAGGCUCUUUCCUCUCCGCUCCUACGAAUGUUGAAGGUGACAUGACGCGAAAUUUUCUUUUGCCCCAUUUAAAAAAAAUAAGUCAAACUAUGAAGUAACUUUUACCGAUUUUGGUGUAUGUUCUUCAUUGAUGAGAUACUGUAAUUCAGUCUUCUCAUGUGCAGUGCAAACCAAUUCACCUCAUAUUUUGAUAAUUAGCCGCAAAACACUUGAAUUUAUGUGUUUUUAUUCAACAAAAUCAUUGGGUCAGGAAAACGUCGUACGUGCAUGCGUUGGCCGUUGUAAAGUUUUUUGCACUGCAUAAAGCACGUAAACGAAAAUCUGUAAAAUAACUUACUUUAGUAGCAAAUCAAAUAAAUAUUAAUAACAAAUAAUAAUUAAGUAAAUAUAUUUCAAAUAGGACAAUAACUAAGUAUAAAUAUUUAUUUAUAAGUAUUUUACAGUAUAAAUAUUGUUCAGCAUUGACCCUGAUUUCAGGCAGACAUUAACUUUAUACAGGGUAUAUCAAAAGACUUCACACUAAACUGAAAAUUACACAAAAUUUGAGAAAACAUGCAUACAUGGGUAGUUUUUUUUUUUUUUUGGGGGGGGGGGUUGCUAGUAUGAGUAGUAUCUUUACCGCUAAAUUUGGGAUAGUAGUCUUUCAUGCUUAAUUCAUGCAGGACAACUCUUCUGCAUUCGAAAAUUUACUUUUAGAGGUAAAGAUACUAGCAGACCCCAAACUACCCAUGCAUGCAUGCUUGCAUAAAGUUUUCACAAAUUUUGCGGAACUUGCAGUUUAGCGGACAUUUUCGAAAUGUGCAGUUUUUUAUACACCCUGUACUGCUCAAUUACAAAUUGUUGCCUACAGUUCCCUUCCCCCAUCAAAAAAAACAAAUACAAAAGUUUUAGCAACAAUAAUUUUGAAAUUGUAAGAACUUGGCAAAGUAUCGUAAUACAUAUUUCCGAUCUAAUGGUUGAAAAAUUAAAUCAUUCAAAACUUAGAUUACAGUAUGUAUCUUUUGCAUUCCGGCCUAUAGCCCUUGGUAAUGUUACUUCAUGCAAUGGAUAUUGUAGUGCUGCACUGUUCUCUUUAUGCCUUAAUUGGCUUGUCUCAAAGGUAAGUUGGAAAAUUCAACUUGUAUUCUUGCGACUACUUUAUUAUAGUUUUUGAUCGACAGUGUUGUAUCAACGAAUUGUGUUGUGCGAAUGGGCAAGAUUUUUUCUACAUGUUUACCCUCGGCUGGUACCAAUUACAUAUCUACAGUUAGGAUAUAUAUAAGUAUUAAAAUUGUUUUUGUAUAUUGCAGUGAGAGCGCGAAAGUUGCCAUUGGAGAGUUGAAUUGUAUUGAAAUUCUUCUUCGCAUUAUAGAAAAUUAUGAUAUGCCUUCAAAGAAGUGAGUAUUCCGUCAGUAAAAGAGUAGACUACGACUUUGGUAAAAUCACACUGAGCUAAGUCAAAAGUAUACCAGACUUCGUACAUUAGCAUAUUCCAUUGAACUGAAUAGAACUGGAACGCUAUACCUCCAACCGGAAAUUUGAAGCCAAACUUGAAAACUUGAAUCCUGAAAUAUAAUUGAUGUUAUCAUAUGUAUAUUAACUUCUUGUGAUUGUCUUUAAUAAAUUCACUUACAGCGUGUAGUAAAUAAUAAGUAUUUGUUAACCAUUGGCAAACACUUGCCGUCGAUAAUUUCACUGUUUUCGCCGGCAAUUGCCGUUUGCCGCCGAAGAUUGGGAGGACUGCAAAUUAAUGAGAUUUUGUUUAAGUAUGAUUGGCUGAUCAGAUGAGAUCAGAUUGAAUCCUGACUAAUUGAAUCUCUUGAUAAACAUGCAAGUUUCUCGAGAACAUAUGGUAUAUAUGUAUAAACGUUUGACUGAAACGUGGGUAUUUUAUUUUCUAUUAGACUUGCUGCGAAUUUACUGAAGAUUCUUUGUUCGCAUAUCAACAUCAGAGAACAAGUAAAAGUAUUCGAAGGCAUUCGAAUAUGUUUAAGGUAUAAUCAUAUGUUAUUUUAUGUUUCUCAUUGCAAUGAAAUGAUCUUAUCACUGAUUGUUUUUGUUUUUUAUCUUAGCUUACUGGAUUCCGACAAUGUAAAAUUUUUAUGGUAUUUGGUGAGUAAAGCCCCUUACAAAUUCGCAAGUUUUCUUUCACAACUUUUCCUUGUUCGUGUUUACUAUGUGACAACUGUGUACGCCACAAAUUGACAAGUUUCUGGGGUUAAGGUAGCUCCCUACAGUUGUUUAAACAUGGGACUGGUAACGAAAUGACGUGAUCUUGCCGAGUCAACCUCGUACCCAGGGCUUCUGCGCUUAUUGCUCUCAGAAGCAAUAAGCGCAGAAGCCCUGGGUACGAGGUUGUUGCCGAGUUGAAAUUUUAUCACGUCAGCACAGAUUUUAUAUAUGACCGCGCAAGGUUUGUAAUGCAAUAAUUUUUUCGGUCAAUAUUUCUGAAAUUUUGUAUUUUGAAAGUACUAGUCAUUUAUUGCAAUAUACUCAUUUUUAAAAAAAAUCUAUAACACAGUUUUUGUGGAACAAAUUUCGCGUAAUAUCUCAAAAACUGAAUUUAUAAUCCCCCUAAUGUUUUGAUAUAAUCUUCCACUAGAUAUUCCCUUUACACCUACAAAAUUUCAGAAACUUUGACCGAAGAAAAUUUUAAUAUUCAUUUUUAGUCCAAAAUUUGAUCUUUAUCUGCUGUCGCUUAGGCCACAUUGUUACCAUAGCAACACUCAGUUUGCUUCUUUCGAACGAUUAUGCUUGAAGUAUAAAGAUUACGCAAGCGUUUCAACUUCCAAAAAAUCCCCAUUUCACAUAAAUAGCAAAUAUUUUGCGUCAUUGUGAAGACCUUAUUUUUCGUUGCUGUUUCUUUACAAAUGUAGGUAGCCACCUUAAAAUGAUCAUAACACGGAGUUUCUUACUUACCUGAAAUAAAUAAGACACCGCGGGCUAUACAUGACAUCUGCAAGACAACUUGAAACGAACCGCUAUAGUAUAGAGAAUAAUGAACUCCAGUUACUUUCACAAUAUGGAUAUUUUUGCCACAGCUGAUCAAUAGUACGUGCAUGCAGGAGGUCUAUAUUGAAUCAAUAUGUUUCGUUAAAAUAUUAAAAUCUAAAUUUAUAGUUACAGUACAACUUAUAUACGUACAAUAUAUACAAAACGAUAAAAGUCAGUACUCGUUUACCUACUAAACAGUAUGAAAAUUAUGAGCUGAAAACGUUGCUAAACAAGAGGUUAGGGAAGAUUAAUAGCUUAAUUAAUAGCUUAAUUUAAAUUUAGCUUCGGCAUUUGGUGCUGGCCAUUGUGUUUCCGGGGCCAAACGCUAAUUUUAUUUCGCCGCGAGUUAAUUUCAUUUUGUUGUCGGUUAAUAGUUUUAACGUGAGUUAACUUUAUGUUGCUGCGUGUUCAAUAUUACAAUAACUUUAUUUUGCCAUGAGUUUAUUUUGUUAUGCCGUGAGUUUAUUUUUGUCUUGCCGUGAGUUAAGUUAAUUGUAUUUCACCGUGGCUGCAUGCUGUUUAAUAUUUUUGUCUAAUAAUUUAGUAUUAUCAUAAUUUUAUUCAGGUUUGGAUAAUUGUCCAGCUAUCAGAAGAUCAAGAUUCUAGAGAAGAAAUUCGAUUAUUGGGAGGCAUUCCGCUCAUAUUAUCCCUCAUUUAGUAAGUAUCACGUUAUACAUAUCAUUGCUCCUACUCUCAGUGACUCGCGGUCCUUUUCAGUUCGCUUGAACGCAUCCCAAUUCCUGCUUAUGCUCUAGUUACUCUCAAAUUGUACAUUUUGUAAGUUGAGAAGAUGUUUCAAUUUUGUACAUUCGACAUACCCUUGCCGCAUAUUUGAUUUCCUGCGUUUUGGGAGGAACAUUUCAUAAAUUCAGAAGAUUACGAAACAUCAUAUUUCACGGCAUAAAUAAGAUAAUUCGUUCAUGAAAAAAUGUCGUCUCCGUCCCGUUCUUUUCAUUCAUGUAUGAUGCUGCAUGCAUAUGCAAGAGUUUAGAUGGCUCAAUCUGGUUUUAAUACAUUUUAUAUAAAGCACUUCUGAGUUUGCUUACAAUUUAAGCACUUUUGAGUUUGCUUGAUAACUUGCGGACAAAAAUGAGGGAAAUUUGGAACUACUAAAAGGUAAGCUGUCUAGGAAAAGAAAAAUGUGAGUUAAAAUCUCGAUUUUUUAAGCAAAAUUUCUCGUGUUUUUUGAUGUCGAAAACACAGUUUUUCGGUCAUUUUCGCGUGCGAGUAUGAAAUCUUAAGUUAUAAUGAUUCACCUAUUAAAGCUGUUAUAAAUAACAAGUUAUGUUUCCUUGUUUCAUUCAGCAAAGACCGAGUUUUCCAUGUUGAUCAAAACAUCUUGGUGAUGUCUAGCGAAUGUGCUACAAAAGCUGUAUCAGACGUGAGAAAUUGUUAUACUUUAUUGAUAUUAUAGUUCCCCUGCAACCAUUUGUUGGUCAAAUGUUAAUAUUCUGACACAAAAUUAUAUUACAUGCAUGUCAUGACUUUUAAAGUAAUGUUCUGUAUAUUUUCUUUCAGGUUGAAAGUGACAACAACGUGGAACUGUUUUCGCUUAAAUCUGGUGAGCAUGCAUGCAGGUCGGGUUACAGUAGAAUAAAACGUGGAUAAACGGACUUAUGUUCUUGUUGAACGUCAUUUAACAGUCAUAUCCGCGUUCAAAAAAGUAUUUUGUGCCUUUAUAAGUCAUAUCCGCGUUUUAUCCAAAAGGAUAAUAAAACGCGCGAAUAUGACUUAUAAACGCAUGAAAAAGUUUUUUGAGCCAUAUAUCGGCAUUUUAUCCUUUUGGAUGACGUUUAGCGAGAACAUAGUGUAAGUCAUAUAAUAUUUUUGUUUGUGGAAACACCACGUAAAUUUAUUACUGCAAAGCUUUCGAUCCGUAAGCCCGGAUCUUCAUCAGUGCUAAUAAUAUGCACUAUUCAUCAGUGCUAAUAUUAUUAUCGAAAGCUUUGCAGUAAUAAAUUUACGUGGUGUUUCCACAAACAAAACUAUUAUAUGUUUUAUCGCCAUGCAAACAUACAAAGAACUUAAUACUGUAAGUCAUCCGUCCGUCUGUCCGCCAUCCGUAUCCGCGUUUUAUCUUAAUUCAUAUACUGGUCUGGAAUUUCCCUAAAACCUCAUAAAACGUCAAAAAUUGCUAUAGGGUGCAGCGGCUCUCUACGAGAGUUUAUUGAGAACAGACUUUGCAAUUUAUUGAAGACAGACAUUGAUAUAUCAUUUUCAUCAAUGGCUGUUACGGAAACCAGGGCUCUCACUUCGUGUUCUGAUAAUUUCCUUAAAUUUCCGUGAGAUCAUAGGAAUUAAAUUUCCCAUUUUGGUCAUUUUGUGCAAUUUUUAAUUGUGUCUCUUCAUGAUAUUUUCAAAAGAGGGGAAUAAAAUUCUACAAUACUUUUGAAAGAGGGAAUUAUAUAAAUAGAAUUAAGAAAUGACUCGAAAUUGGCUACAAACUACAGUACUAAUCAUACCAGUUUCCUCAAAAUUAACACUACGGCAAAAAAUUGUCGUCGUUGUCCACAGCUUCCUCUCGAAUUAUGGUGGGUGCCGCGAUAAAUUUCCAGCCCUUUUCGAGUUUUAGGGUAACUUUUAAUUUAAAGUGAUAUUUAUAAUUAUUUGUAUAGGAAAUUACACGGUUAGAAAAAUAUUAAUGAAAAAUCACACGAGUGCGUAGCACGAGUGGUAUUAUAAAUAUUUCGCCAAAGACAAGUGUGAUUUUUCAUUAAUGCAAGUGUAAUUUCCUAUUAAUAUCAUUUUAUAAUCAACUUUACGAGCAAUCAAUGACACGAAACAUUGUAUUAAUGUAUUCAAGCGAGCACAACCAUAUACGCGCCUUUGUGAUCAAUUUUUUCUGACAUUAAUUUUCAAUUUAUGCCUCUUGAUUUAAUCUCUUCUGUUCAAGAACUCAUGCAUUACAAAAUCAGAGCUCACAAAAUAUAAAUUUUCACAUUGUUUAUCAGAUUUUGCACUGAUUUAUUUCUGCACUCACGUAAGCGUGUGGAAUGCACGCUGGCUCGUAUUCGUGCCGAUUAAUCUUUAAUCGGCAUACUGUACUGAAUAUUUAAUCGGCACGGUUUGAAACCAAUCGGAAUCCAGUAAGUUGACUAAAAUGAUAUUAACAGUGCUUGUAUAUGCAUGUUCAAAGCUUAUCAUUAUUAUCAUUCCUUUUUUGUCCUUUAGCCGUCUGUACUGCUCUGACAGAAUUAGUCCUCAAUGAUACAAAUGCUCAACAAAUAGUUCAGGUGCGAAAUUAGUGUGUUAUAUAUAGUUAUCUGAUGUGUAUUGUGUCACAGAAACUAACUAUAGUCAUGGCCAAGGCUGUGUGGUGUUUAAGCAAAUUAAGCCUGCUACUGUAAGUCGUGCAAAAGGCAUUUACAUAUAUAGGUUGGUAAAUUUCCCGUACUUGAAAAAAUAUUGGUUCUCUUGAAUCUCUUCUGUGAUUCAAGGGUGUCAUUCUGGGUCAUCCGUCUUCUUCCACAAAAAAUCUAUUCCUUAUAUAGGCCUUAGUUGUCUAGCACGCGUGCAUGACAAGCCUCUGGCCCGGGGGAAAUGGGCAACCACAUCCCAGAGAGCUCUAUAUGUAACCAUGGAUAAUAAAAUAAAUGGAUAGGAAACUAACUGACGUGACCUAAUGUUUUCAAUGGGCGAUGGCGUGGUUGGAUGUCCCAACCUAGUUGCAAACCAAAUUCUCAAAAACGGCAUGUUUAGCACUGAAUAAUACAGCUAAACACUUUAGUCAAAAAGCAAGUAAAUAUAACCACGCCAUUCUACGAUGAAAACUCUAAGUAUUCCCAGUCAAUUUUAGCAAAUAUUUCAAGCACAAAACAGUGGAAAAUACAUCGCAAAUUUCGUUAAAAUUUGUGACGCCAAUUUCGUAGCUACAAAUGUAAAAAAAUACAAAACAAAGACGAAAAACAUUUACCUUGAAUACUUUGUCGUGGCUUAGGCAUGUUUUUAAAACAAUUAGACCAGUUUAUGCUUCAAUAUCACCCUUUUAAAGUGGAAAAUAUAGCAAAACAACAAAAAUGCCGAGAACUUUGGUAAUAUUCGCAAUACGCGUGACGUCACGUUUUUCAACAAGGAUGAGGUCAAUGACGUCAGGAUGAUGUAACUGUGGUAAGAACUCGCGUGCAAAAAGUGAAGAUAAAGCUGGUGGAAAAUGUCGUUCAGUGUUAGUCCCUUAUAGUAGUACCUGUCUGCGUGGUUGGUUGCCAUAUUUCGUUUUUUGACUUACCGUGAAUAAUACUAAAAACAUAUAUAAUAAUAUAAUACUACAUAUAUUUAUAUCGCUUUACUUCUUCGUGCAGAUUUUUUCUCAAUUCAAUGAAAUAAAUAUAUAGCUAGCAAAUUCUCAACUAUAUGUUUGUGCAUUGUUUUCAACAUUACUCUUUCUUUUAUUUUUAGGGUAAUGGUAUAUAUUUAUUGAGCUCGCUCAUUCUCCAUAAAAAGACAGGGCAAACAGUUUGUUCAGACGAAGCAAAUGCAAUCGAAACUCUCCAGGUAGUUAAAAAAGAUAGUUAAAGAAGGUAGUUAAAGAAGGUAGUUAAAGUUAACUACACGCACCGAUGCACGCAGUUAAUGCUAAUGUAAACUAGUCUAAAUCGCGAAUUUUAGAGUUAAAUACUACUUAGCUGCAAAAUGGGCAGUUACGAUGUAGUUAAGAGUUUUAUACAACAACCUAUAGAUACUGCAAUAAACAUAGCUGUUUACUUUCCUGCACUGUGAAACCGGUUUGAUUAAAAUAACCAAAUUUGUUUGGUUGUCUCAGAUGCACUUUUUUUUACCAAUAUCAUUUGCCUUUUUGUCAAAACAACCGAAAAAAUGGUUAUAAUAAGUUAAUAACCCAAUUUUUAGUUGUUUUAACCAAUAAACGUAAAAAAUACUGGUCAAAUAAGUUCAUCUGUGAUGGCAACCAAUUUAAAUUGGCUAUUCUAACCAAUCUGUUUUUCAGUGUGAUGCGGAUAUUCGGUGCAUGCAUGUGUAAAGUAAACCUAAAGCUUGACUUAAUUUAUCUAAUAAGUAUGCUGUUUUCCCUUUUAGAAAAGUUCUUUGAGAGCACUGCGGUAUUUAUUCAGCAUGGAAAGAAACCGACAGUUAUUUAAAAUGUAAGGAACUCUUGAGAUUAGUCCUGGUUAGUGCUCGCUAAAACUAGUUGAACAUUCUCUUACGUUUUAACGUUUUGUUUUGAUGUAGACUUUUUCUUUCUGAAAUAUUCGAAACGUUUAUUGAUGUUGGUCAUUACGUUCAUGAUCUCAAUGCUUACAAGCCAUUGGUAGAGAAGAUUAAUAACCUUUCGGUUGGUAUAUGUUUUUGUCUUACGCAAUAUUUCAAACAGAAGCUGGCGUUGAACAGGAUCUGAUGUGACACCUUUCCGAAUAUAUAACAGUAAACACGAAGCUAUUAUCAUGUUUUGUGAUUGACUUGCAUGAACAAAAUUUAAUUUUGCCAUUUAUAACGAAAAUUGAUGCAGCUUUGUUACACAGUUAUUCAGCUAUCAAUCAAUUAAGGUUUUCGGAAAUUAUUGCAUGGGGGUUGACUCCUGGUCUCUCCCUAGUAUCCUCCACUGAUGAAUGCAUUUUUACAAAGUAUAUUCUUUUUGACUCUGUGAGUCUUUGUGGUUACUUGAGUGCAUGUGGGGUGAGUGUGGGGCAGUUAAACAAUGGGAAAUGAUCAGCCUGCUUUGCGCGCACUGUUUAGUGCCUGGAACACGCGUUCGUUCUUGUGUGAUUUAGCAAAAGAAGCACGAUAAAUGGGUGAACUGGAAAAAUUCGCACGGCGCCCGGUUUGCAAAAACAACUGCAAACUGCUCUAAUUCUUUCUAUCACUUUCAUUUGAUCUUAUCCGUGAGUCGGCCUCAACGUCCAUUGAUUGGCAUUGUAAGGGAUCCGAAAUUAAUUAUACCUAACUUCGCGUUAUUUCUGAUUUUAUACUGGUUAUCGUCUUGUAGGAAGAUCAAGUGACUCUGAUUAAUUCAAAUAUCGAGGCGACCAACAGACGUCGAGCGUCGUCGCGUACUGUGGGAUCCUAUGCUGUUUUGGAACUACUUGGUUCUGGGGCUUUUGGUAGUGUUUAUAAGGUACUUCAUGCAUGUAUUAUGCAAUGUAUACUAUUUUAUGAACCUUUCAAUUUAAGCAAAUAUUUUCGCCUGGCUAUUUACACUCGGGGAACGGAAAGCAUUAGCGAAGUCUAAAGGCCCAUCUACACGAUACCACCUGUCGCAUACGAUUCUUAUCCUGGCGUAUGUACUCGAAUAAAUGCUUGUAAAGAUGUCAAAUUUCAAAUUUCACCAUAAACUGAUGAACAGGAAUAGUGGCAUCGGCAAUCGUUUUCAUACGCCAGGGUAAGAAUCGUAUACGACUAGUCGUAUCGUGUAGAUGGGCCUUAAAGUUCAUCAAUAGUCGCGGGC